AUGGCUUCCAACAACGUCUGCAACAGCUGCGUCCGCGCAUUGAGACAGGCUUCUUCUCGCCAGAUCAACGGUCGCAUCGUUCACAGCCGUCUCUCGCCUCGUAGCCAAUUUCUAGGACGUACCUUCACGACUACUGCCAGCCGUCCCGAAGCAGAAAAGGGCCAGGACGGUCCAGAUGCGUCGACCAUGCAGAAGUUCGCUCAGCGCAUGCGAGCACAAAAGCAGAUGAAGGCUGCCACAGAACCAUAUGUCGCCUACGGCGCUACCGAGGACCUUUUUCGCGCAUGUGCUCGCGCUGGAGAGUACACCAUGCCUACUGUCGCUGAAGGCGAGGAAACGCUAAGGUCGCCAAAGGGAGAGGACCUGGGCGUUGGCUCAGGUUGGUGGUACGAAGGUAAUGCUCGCUUCUACACUUCUGAUCUCAAUACACGGCUGGCUAACCUCCUGACAGAGCUGGGUCUGACCCCGACCUUCAACACCUGGGCCCAAAUCACCUUCCUGCACAUGUAUCUCGUCACGGUACGACUGAGAAUGUUUCCCCAACAACACGCCCACCAUUGGCACCAGAACUUACUCGAUCACUACUUCUACGCCGCCGAAGAUCGUAUGGCAGCCUUGCACAACAUCGCCGCUCGCAGUGUGCGCAACAAGUACCUCAAGGAUCUCUUUGUGCAAUGGCGCGGUGUGCUUGCCGCCUACGACGAGGGUUUGGUCAAGGGUGACGCUGUCCUUGCUACUGCUGUUUGGAGAAACGUCUUCAGCGGCGACGAGAACGUUGAUGCCGCUGCUGUCGCAAACGUCGUCAGCUACAUGAAGAAGAAUCUCAGACAUCUUGACAGAAUCCACGACUCCGAGAUUGCUAGUGGAGACAUCUCUUUCUCGGAUCCUGCCAGAGAGGCCACCAUUGUGGACAGGGAGGCCCCAGCUAUGAAGCAGUCAAUCCCAGAACCCACGCCGGCUCAAUCCUGA